AUGUCCUUUUUGACCCCUACUUCAGACGGAAUUCCACGUGCGGUCUUGGAGACGCAUGAUCAGCAGAAGAAGUUCAUUGUGGAUGAUGCUGUCAUGAAGCACUUUCCCCCAGCGUCGAAGCUGAAAAAUGCCAGGUCGCACGGUGCCAGCUUCUGGACACGCAGCGCACGAAUCGAUAUUGAAUUGGCUGAUGGAAGUACGCAGACAUUCUUCCUCAAAGUAGCAAAGGGAGACCUGGGCAAGAGCAUGCUGCGGGGCGAGUUUGAAGGUGCCACAACCAUCUACAAGUACACCCCGGAAGGGAUCCCCCGUCCGGUAGCCUGGGGCACGUACAAAGCGGACUCAAACGUGCACUUUUACAUGAGCGAAUUUGUGGAUAUGGUCGAGGACCUUCCCGAUAUUCACAGGUUCUCUUCGAUGCUGGCGAAGCUCCACCACGACAGUAUGGCAGACCCAGAUGCACCCAAGGAGUUUGGCUACCAUGUCAUGACACAUGAGGGCAGCAUGUACCAAGACAUUUCAUGGUCUGCCACCUGGGAGGAGCUCUAUAGGAAGCGAUUCCAGUCGUUUGUUGACCAAGAAGCUAAAUCACAGGGCCCGAGUGAUGAGAUUGAUGGAAUCGUGCCUUUGUUCAUUGCAAAGGUUAUCCCUCGUCUUCUUCGUCCUUUGCGAACUCACGGACGUAUCAACAGGCCAGUCGCCCUCCACGGUGACAUCUGGUAUGGAAAUAUAGCAACAAAUGCAGCAACAGGGGAACCUAUCUACUUCGAUCCCGCCGUAUUCUGGGGCCACAACGAAUGUCAGCUCGGCCCACACUGGAUGAGGGAAUACCACAAAUUCUUCCCAAUCUCUGAUCCAGUGGAAGACUAUGAAGAUCGGAACGCUCUUUAUGCUGUGGCUAUUGCAGACAUGAAGCAUCUUCUAGAAAGGUACCCAAAUGGUUACCAGGGUGAAUAA